CCAAUAAUUUGCAUGCAAGGUCGGCCUGUGGUGUAUGGGUAACUUUCUGUGUACUCUGCGACAGCGAAAAAAAGUCCGUGGAGCGAAGCAACCUACGAGAUCUUACAGUAUACACAGAGUUAAAAUACGCCGUGUGCAACCGGAUACGAUUGGAGCUAAGAACCUGUGCAUCGGAAUGGUAAAGGGUUUAUGGUGUAAAGAUGCGGGGACGAUGAUAAUCAACUGGUAGAAAACUUUUUUGAUUACGGAACCGGCUGAUACUGUCACAACUUAUAUUUUGAUUUUAUUUCAUGUUCAGUGGAUAGAGGAUACUGGAUUAAAGGAUUCAGUGAGAAAUUUGGCGAGGAAAGCGGAUAAAAAUGGAGCAAACUGGAGGGAAAAGACAGAACGCUAUCGUUCACGUACGAGGAGACUCAGGAGCGGAGUUGGACGAUUUGUUUCGCAAUGUUUUGAACUCGGCCGAAGCAGCCGAUAAAGUUCCACAGCAAGUACCAUGGCGAAAAAGAAACAUGCCUGCUUCCUUUUUCCAAGAACCAAGAAUAAGCCAUUCGAGGGAGUCGAGCGCAGACUCGACGAAUUACUCUGGAAAUAUGUCGAACGCUAGCCAUGAAAUUGCCAGCCGUAGUUUGGGCCCUCAGGGGAUGACGAUCGCCCACGGCAGGGCGCACUCGUCGCCGGCAUCGCUGCAAGAGAUGCGAAGCAUCAACCCACAGGAUGUGAUCAGGAAUCAGCAUCUUCGGCAACAGAGUUAUGAUAUCACUGAUACGGAUGGCCUGCCCAGCGGCUGGGAGAUGGCCGUCACACCAUCCGGACAAAAAUAUUUUCUUGAUAUUCCCGACAGCCACAGCAGACAACAGACGACGUGGGAAGACCCAAGGAAGUCUGGCGGUGCCAAUCAACUGAGCAAAGCAAACACAAAUACAAAUAAUAAUCAGGUGCAGCAGAUUAUCAUGCAAGGCAGCGGUCAGCCCCUGCCAUCCAUGCAAGAUCUCGGGCCACUGCCAAUCAAUUGGGAACAAGCUGUAACUCCAGAGGGCGAAGUUUAUUUCAUCAAUCACGUAGAAAGGACGACAACGUGGCUAGACCCUAGAAUUGCAAUGAGGGCGCCAGGUACGGUCCAGGCAGCUGCGGCCGCCUUACAACAAUCGCAGAACAACUCUAACCCUCCCCCAAGCCACUCCGUUGCAACUGCCUCCACUACAACAUCACUAUCCCAACAGUCACAGCUGCAACAGCAGGCACCACUCAGCCCUCCCCAACAGGCAAGCCAGCAGGGAGGGCCAAUGACACAACAGCAACAGCUGCAGCAGAAGCUUCGCCUUCAAAGAGUGAUGAUGGAGAGAGACUGUCUUCAGAGACAACACAUGCGUAUCCUCCAGCAGGCGCAGCAGAAUCCUAAAAACCUGUCAUCCUGCCCCAACCUAUUCCCCAGAAGUGACCGAUUUCAAAAUGAACUAGCACUGCGACGAGAACUGCGGGACUCACUACCUAACAACAACAACAACGACUCUAUCACCGGAGGCACAGAUCCCUUUCUGAACAGCGGCAACGGCAGCAACACCACCACUAACUUCCAUCGGCGGGAGGAGAGCGGCGACAGUGGAUGCGGUCUCAGCAACGUCAGCCACCCAAGGACACCAGAAGAUCUCUUGUCUACUCUGGAGGACAUGGACUCCUCUGAAGCUCCUACUACGGAACGUAAACCGGUAGAAAAGCAAGCACAACCCGCUCUCCCGCCCCUGUCCAGCAUGGGCGACUUCUUGGAGACCCUCCCCAGUACCAACGUUGACAUGGCCACCAUGGACCCAUCUGACAGUGGCACAGCAGUCACCUCCAUGGACAGCGAUGACCUGGUCCCGUCUAUACCCGAGGCCCUUGAUUCUGAUAUCCUCAACGUCGGCGAUGUCAACAGUCUUCUUACCUGGUUAUAGGGCCGCAGUCCUCAGCAUCCCUUCGUCCUGCAAUUAGUCCUCUGAAAGCAUUCUCUCUCGUUCUUGGGCCAUUGGACUUUGGCGCACUUGUAGCCACCAAGUGUUGGCUCAAGAUACAGUUCCUGACACAGUUUUAAGGGAUUAGGAUCUAAUUGCAGGUGGAUUGGAUCCUGGAUAGGGUCAAAGGUCAAAUGUCUUGGACCAUGAGUUAUACGACAGAUCGUAUCAGGAUGCUGUAAGCUGUUAAAGUUCUGUAAAAGAGCUUUGGGAUUGUGGUCAGGAUCGUACCCCUUUUCAUGCCCUUGCAUGCCCUUGCAUUUCCUCCUUGAUAAAACGUAAGAUAUGACACAAACACAAAGAAACAAGCGUGAUUGAUGCCGCCUCCAUGACAAAAUAGCACAGAGGUGGAGCCGAUAUCAGUACUUUGUCACUGUUGUCAUGACAAUGGGCGCAGCGACCUCCAAAAAAUUGUUGCAAUGACGACGUAUAUAUUUCAGAAGGAAAUGGAGGUGUCAAAAUGAUAUCAAAAUCUAAACACCCUUAUCAAUGUGUAACAUACUGCUUACCGGAACUUUACUUAGAAGAUAUGUCUAUGUCUUAGUGGAGGUCUUCAAUGCUCUUUGAACAAUGCAGGCAGGAAGGUUUGGUAGUUUGAUGAUGGAAGGUUUUUCAAAGUUUGCAAGGUUGAAUCUAAAGCAAAGCAGUGUGCGAUGGCUGCUCUUGCCAUGCAUGUACAUGCCCUGAUGAUGAAUCCAACCUCUGUUACCUGGUACAACGCUGCUGCAGUUUCUCAGUAUUGGACAUUCACAAGAUAUCAGAUAAUGUGCUCCAGAAAGUUUGAGGUGUGUCCGUACAGUAUGCCAAUGUGAUGUGCAUGUUGGCUUACGUUUAAAGACACUCGCGGAGUGAGAUUAAUGAAGGUCACAGAAUGUAUUCAAAUAUAUGCAUUGUAAUCAAUCAUUUGUAAUAUUCUUCAAGCAUCAUGUUCAAUAUUCCUUGCAUUACUGAAUAUACAGGACCAUGAAUUAUGCUAGAGAGCAUCAAAUCUGUAAGGAUCGUCCCAAUUUUCAGGGGUUUUCUUUAAUUUGGCCAUCAGUUGUAUGACUCUAGUGCUGGUCCAGAAGUUCUCCCACAAUGCACUGCACUCCCCUUGAUCAUGUGAUGCAGAGGACAGAUUCCGUUUGGGAUAUUUCUGUAAUUUUUGGUCAGAGUACCUUACCAUCACCAUUAACACAGAGUAUCAUGUCUAUGCACCAGUCCCAUGUUACCAAUCUUUUGUAUGUAAUUAAAACCAUGGCAAUUUUUGUAGUCAAGAACAAAUACAGCUAUGAUCUAUUUACUGCCUUUUAAACAAAGUGCCUUAAUACCAUCCAUUGUCUUAGAAAUAUGAGUAAUGAUUUAUAUACUGCCUUGACUUGGUGUAGAAGUAAUCACCCCAUUGGUCAGAUCAUAUACAUAAAGGGUGCACGCUACUAAAUAUGUUUCAGUGGGACUACGUGUCAAAUACCAUGUGCGCGUUGGUCCUCUAGCAUGAAUGCAAAGUCACACUUUACUGCCUGUGAAACAUGCCCCCCCCCA